GUCCACGCCAGUCAUACAAGGAUAAUCACAAUGUCGCACUUUGCAACACCUUUUAUAGUGGUGAAUUUGGGCUGUGAGAUGAUUUAUGUCAUUGACCAGAGGCUGAAGGCACAGAAUAUCGGCUUAGACAAAUCCGAAAGAGUACUUACAGACAUCGUUACUGUGCUGCUCCACCCCAAAUUACUGGACGAGCUAUUUAUACCGCAACCGGUGGCCACACACGCUGUAAUCAAACAACUGCUUCAGGACAUUUCCGCAACCUCUAUCAUGAAGUUAGACGACUACUCCAUGAGUAAAUUAUGGGAUUUAAUGACCAUGAUCUUCAAAUGGCAACUUUCAGUUGCAACAAAUCAAAACAUUUUUGACAUAAGCCACCGACAUCUAAAAUGUGUUGCCAAUGUAGUGCCGCAACAUUUUUCGAAAUUCAUCCUUGAACAGGCAAUAAAACGAUUCGAAUCAUUAGCUCAACGAUUUACUAAUGAUGAUUAUAAGUGUUUACACAACACAUUGAUUCUAUGGUUUUCGGAAUAUCACAGUAAGAUUUCAGUAUUACUUCGCUUGAGACUACAAAGGAAAGAUGGCACCUUCAGUUUGCCAGCCACUGUUGAUCCAAAAGUUUUACAAAACUUAGGAGAAAACAUUUACAAGUAUGACAAUAAGAAAAAUCCUAUUGAAGAAUAUGAAAGUCGUUGUGCUGAUACAAAUGAGAUCAGCUGCCUUCUUGGGUCAAUCGAGAAGGCUUCUUCAAAACCAGCAGUCAUAGAAUUACAAUUACCGAUUCAAUUUGGAAGCGAAGGUAAAGAGAAGAAAACAAUGGAAUUAGCUCGAGACACGCAAUUCGAACCAAUUGAUACAAACAUUAAAAAUAAAUAUAAUAAUGACCUUACAUUUACAGCCGCAAUGCCUAAGACAACACAAGAGGACUUGUUAGAAAUGCUGGAAGAUAUGUAAAAAAUUAAAUAACUCACAAUAAUAAUCAAAACGCGAUUAAA